AUGGCGCCAAAGAAGCCAAGUGUGAGUUGUGGUAUGUGCCGGGAUCCGGACGAUAGUCGGAUGGUUAGCUGCGACGAUUGUGGAUCGUGGUUCCAUUUCAAGUGCGUGGGUGUGAAUGAAGACAUCGAGGAGGUAGAUUGGAGUUGUUCAGCGUGCGUGGCAAAACGGACAGAUCAAAUCUCAUCGGUCAACAUCAAUCCUGCAGGAAAUGGAACGGAUCCAAAAUUGACGGGCGAACAAGAGCAAGCUAAACAACUCAGCGAAUUCCAGAAGAAGUUGGACCAGAUGCAGGCAAAGUUUGAAGAACAGCAGCGUACGUACCAGGCGCUGCUUACAGAAAAGGAUCGUCAGUUGGAGUCUGUGGUGACAGAUCUCAAGAUCCAGUUUGAUCGUCGUAUGGAAGCCAGAGAGAGAGAAAUUCGCGAGGAGUUGAGCAUUCCGACCGCUCCACCGUCUGCAAAUUCGACGACUGUAGGAGGAACGAACAACCGGUCAUCGAAUGAAGUGAAAAUGGCGAUGGAGAAAAUGGAAAAGCAGCUCGCGGAGAUGUCGAAGAAGCAGGAUCAGCAAACGAGGACUCUUGAGGAGCGAAUUCGGGCGAUGGAAAUCAACAGAAGUCGAUCCAACGUAUUCGAUUCCGAUCCCAACGAGCUCAGCCGAAGUCAACUGGCCGCGCGGCACGCAGUGACGAAAGAGCUGCCUACGUUUUCGGGCAAUCCGGAAGAGUGGCCUCUUUUUAUUUCGACGUACGAAAGCAGUACCAGGAUGUGCGGUUUCAGCGACGAAGAAAACCUUCUUCGACUCCAGCGUAGCCUGAAGGGGAGAGCCCUCGAGACCGUUCGAAGCCGGUUACUGCAUCCAGCGGGACUUGCAGGUGUCAUUAGGACGUUGAAAACGCUGUACGGGCGGCCGGAAGUUAUCGUCCACUCGCUAGUCUGCAAGAUUCGGGAAAUGCCAUCGCCGAAGACGGAGAAGUUAGGAACUCUGAUCGAUUUCGGUGUUGCAGUCCAGAACAUGUGUGCGACGAUCGUGGCAAGUGGACUAAACGAGCACUUGUGCAACGUAGCACUUCUUCAAGAGCUCGUCGAAAGACUACCAUCAACCGUGAAGCUCGACUGGGCGAAACAUCGUUCAACGUUACAGGCGGUGACACUCGAUGACUUCAGCAAAUGGUUGGAGAUACUCGUGGAAGCGGCGUGCGUGGUAACGAUUCCAUCAACGAUCAGUGCGUACGCUAGCAAGCCUGAGAAGCGCAUACGGAAGGAGGAAGUUCAUGUUCACCUCCAAUCCAGCUCCAGUCAAGCGGCGGCAGGAUCGACGGCCUCUACGACGUACCCCAGAAAUACAACGAAGCCAGCAGCGUCGAAACAGUGUGUCAUUUGCCAAGGAGGAUGUAGCAGUGUGGGAUCAUGCAGGAAGUUUCAAGACCUGGAUAUCGGGGCAAGAUGGGCAGCGCAGAAGCAGAACAAGUUGUGCCGGAAGUGUCUGGCGAAGCAUUUCGGAGCAUGCGCAGUGAAGCAAGCUUGCGGAAGAAACGGCUGUUCAUACAUGCAUCAUGAGCUGCUACAUGAUGAUUCCAGAUACCAGCGAGCAGAAAAUUCCUCAACAGUGAAUUCCCAAGUCAUCCUACACGGACGAGGCAAGCUCGUUCGCACUGUCGCAUUUUUGGACGAAGGCUCAUCGGCGACGCUGAUGGAGCACAGCUUACUAGACGAGUUGGAGCUGGACGGAGAGUCGUAUCCGUUGUGCCUAGGCUGGACGGGAGAUCAUCAACGACAGGAGAUGAAGUCCGUGAUGUUACCUCUGGACAUUUCCGGAACGCGCGGUGGAGAGAAAUACCGACUGUCGAUAGUCCACACGGUGGAGAAUCUGUCGCUACCUCAGCAGACGUUGAAGAUGGCAAAGCUAGCAUCCGAGUAUGAGCACCUGGACGGCGUAUCAGCGGAUUCUUAUCACAACGUUCGGCCGCGGAUACUCAUCGGUAUAGAUAACUGCCGUUUGGGUCAGGCGUUGGACAGCAGGGAAGGUGGCAAAGACGAACCGAUUGCCGCUAGAACACGCCUAGGAUGGAUAGUGUUCGGACCAUGCUCUACGACAUCUCAUCCAACGACGAACUUCACAGCGCACCACAGUAUUCACGUGUGUCCGUGCUGCGAGCAAAGUGACGCGGAUCUUCAUAACAUGGUGAAAACGUACAUGUCCCUAGACAGCACGGGAGUAAUGAGUUCCGUUAAACCUCUCUUAUCGAAGGACGACGAGCGAGCGGAGCAGUUGCUGAAAUCGUUGACGCGUGUGAAGGGCAAGCGAAUGGAAACCGGACUGCUUUGGCGGUGUGACGAUGUUCGACUGCCGGACAGCAAACCGAUGGCGAUGAGACGGCUGAUCUGUUUGGAGAAGCGAAUGCAGCGGGACCCGGCGUUGGCUGAAGCGGUGAAGGAGAAGAUUCGGGAUUACGAACGAGCCGGGUACAUCGAGAAGCUGACGAAGAACCAGUUAGCCGAGAAAUUCGAUCGGGUUUGGUAUCUCCCAAUCUUUCCGGUUGUCAACCCAAAUAAACCGAAAAAGAUGCGCUUGGUUUGGGACGCAGCAGCUAAAGUCUUAGGACUCUGCCUGAAUUCAUUUCUAUUAACGGGACCUGAUCAUCUCACCUCUUUGGUCUUCGUUCUACAACGUUUCCGGGAGUUCCGUAUAGCCAUCACCGGCGACAUUCGGGAGAUGGCGGACGGCGAGCAAGAUCGCAGCCCAGACGUCUACGUUACGAAAGUGAUGACCUUCGGAGCGACGUGUUCACCAAGUACUGCGCAGUACGUGAAGAACUACAACGCGGAGCGGUUCCAGGAUGAGUUUCCACGAGCGGUAGAAGCAAUCGUGAAGGAGCACUACGUCGACGAUAUGCUGUCAAGCGUAGAGACGGAAGAAGAGGCGAUAAAGUUGGCGAAAGAUGUCCGGCACGUCCACGCAGAAGCGGGCUUUGAGAUCCGGAACUGGCUAUCAAAUUCGAAUCGAGUGCUGCAGGAGUUGGAUGCGAGUCCCGGGGAGAAGAGUUUGAAUCUUUCGGGCGAGAUGGCCACGGAGAAGGUUCUUGGCAUGUGGUGGUGUACAGCGACUGAUACGUUUACCUACAAAAUUCCUCCGAGAGUCAACGCCGAGCUGCUGCAAGGUGACAUCGUUCCAACGAAAAGGCAGAUCUUAAGCACGCUGAUGACCAUCUACGAUCCGCUGGGACUACUGGCGCACUUCUUAAUGUUCCUGAAGAUACUGUUGCAGGAGAUUUGGCGAAGUGUUGUAGGCUGGGACGAGUCCAUCAAAACUGCUUAA